CAUGGGGCUGGUGACCAGGCAGAGCUGCUCCAGGACGCAGAACACACUAUGUGGCUGCAGCCAAGGCCACUUCUGCGAGGACGGUGACCACUGCGCCGCAUGCCGGUCCCACAGCUCGUGCCGCCCGGGCCAGAGGGUACAGGAGAGAGGCACCGAGAGGCAGGACACGGUGUGCCAGGACUGUCCCCCAGGGACCUUCUCUGCCACCGGGAGCCUGGAGGAGUGCCAGCCCUGGACCGAUGGCACUUGGGAAAGCCAACAGGCCUGAGGUCACGCCCCAGAGCUGUCGACCAGCCCAGCCGCCCCAGGCCCUGCGAGCGGGGACGCCAGGUCUGCGCGAGCAUCGUGCCCGUCACGGUGCCCGCGCCGCUGGCACCCAGGCUCCGCGGCUGCUCUCACGCAGGUGCAGCGGCUGGCGUGUCACAGAGACACCUGGGACCAGCAGCUCGGAUGCCACCUGCUCCUUGAAGACGUCGCUUCUUGGGGUCAUUUCUG